AUGCGCUCCUCUGCGACUCUGCUGUCCCGCGUUGCCGUCUUGGGUGCAGCUGGCGGCAUUGGGCAGCCCUUGUCGCUCCUCCUGAAGUGCAGCCCUCUAGUGACAGACCUUUCGCUCUACGACAUUCGCGGCGGAACAGGCGUGGCUGCCGACCUCUUCCAUAUUCCGUCACCAGCAGAGGUCACUGGAUUUGCCUCCGAUGAACUGGAAAAGGCUGUGAAGGGGGCAGACUUGGUGCUUGUGGCGGCUGGCAUCCCACGCAAACCUGGGAUGACACGCGACGACCUCUUCAACACGAACGCUGGCAUCGUGCGCGAUCUCGUGACGGCGGUUGCCAGGGCCGCACCGAAGGCCAUCAUCGGUGUCAUCAGCAACCCCGUCAACAGCACUGUGCCGGUGGCUGCGGAGACGCUGAAGAAGCUCGGCGCGUACGAUCCUGGGCGCCUAUUUGGCGUCACCACACUCGACGUUGUCCGUGCUCGUACCUUCGUUGCGGAGGCGCUCGGUAGAAGUCCGUACGACAUCGACGUCCCUGUCGUUGGCGGCCACAGCGGUGAGACGAUUGUGCCGCUGCUCUCAGGCUUCCCGUCACUGUCGAAGGAGCAGGUGGAGCAGCUGACGUACCGCAUCCAGUUUGGUGGGGAUGAGGUGGUGAAGGCAAAGGCCGGAAAGGGCUCGGCGACGCUGUCCAUGGCGUAUGCGGCCUCGGAUUGGUCCACCUCGAUACUGAAGGCUCUCCGCGGUGACAAGGGCAUUGCCGAGUAUGCCUUCGUUGAAAACGACCUCCAGCAGCCACACUGUCACUUCUUUGGAUGCGCAGUGGAGCUGGGCACGCAUGGUGUAGAGCGUGUGCUGCCGAUACCGGCGCUGAACGCCUACGAGCAGCAGUUGCUUGACGCGUGCGUUCCUGCACUCAGUGCUGAGCUUCGCAAAGGGGUCGACUUUGCUGUGAAGACGCACCUCACUCCAGAUUGCUGA